GGUUUGGAGAUAUAUUUUGUGAGAUUGGAGUUCGUGAAUUACAGCAAUCUGCCAAUGAAGCCUUCAAUCAAUUUGGUGAAGCUCAUCGUCAAAUGGAGAAGUAUGGAAUUCAAAUGUUGAAGCGAUUAAAGCCGAUUCUCAGUGACUUGGGCACCUAUCUUCAUAAAGCAAUACCCGAUACUCGACUGACAAUUCGAAGGUAUGCCGACGCUAAAUUUGAAUACCUGAGUUAUUGCCUUAAAGUGAAGGAGAUGGAUGAUGAAGAGAUGCAGUUUGCUCAGCUGCAGGAACCUUUGUACAGGGUGGAAACUGGAAACUAUGAAUAUCGGUUGGUACUUAGGUGUCGCCAAGAAGCUCGUGGGAAAUUUGCAAGGCUCCGUUCAGAUGUAUUAGUGAAGUUAGAGCUACUGGAUUCGAAACAUGUACAACAUCUAACGGAGCAACUUACUCGUCUUAUUACUGGGCUUGCGGCAUAUCACUCACAGUGCCAGGAACUGAUGCAUAAUAAACAUUGGUUUCCAAUUGAACUGGAUAUGGUAGGAACCACUCUUCAUGCUGACCAUAGAAAUGACACAAUACAGGUUGAUGAUGAUGAUGACGACGAAGAGUUGCUGGAUACCGAGAAUGCCACAGAAGCAGCUGAAACUGUUGACUUGGUGCAGCCUUUAGAAGAACUUACCCUGAACAACAGCAUCAAUCAGGACCAAGAAGUUCGGGAUAGUAACUUCGAAGAAGUCAAUCUUUUAGUAGGGGAGUGGUGAUGAUUCGGACAGUUGAAUGGUCCGGGCAGUACAUUUCCUGGAAAACGUACGGGGCCCUCAGCUCUGAAAAAUCAUGUGAAACCGUGAAAGUUUGUUUAUCAUUGACAUAUGGACUUUGGCUGAGAGAGGAUGUUUUAGUACUGAGGGUAGUUUUUGUGGUUUUUAUAAUUUCCUAUGUAAUAUUUUGUGUUUGAAUCAUAAGCUUUGGUGUAGUGAAUAUGAUAAUGAAGUUGAUUAUCAGUUUUGGGUGUGAAUUUAUACUGUAUGAUGAAGAUGAUGUAGCUAUUACUCACCUGUAAUCUCAAAGGGCUUGGAGCUGAGGGUGUCAUCAAAUGGUUAUAUGUGUGGGAUGAUUCGGACAGUCUAGGGUAGGGAUGAUUCGGACAGUGUCAGAAUCAUCCUUCCUAGCAAACCUUUACUAAUAUAUAGUAUUUCCAAAAUGGCCAGACACCUCUGGCACAGCUGUUCGGGUCCUCCCACGUGUGUUUAAUCUUCGCAUAUCUAUCAAAUUUAUAACAACAGAGAUAAAACCAUUUCUCCCAUUACAGAUAUCAAAUAUCAUCUUUUCCGUUAUGCAGAAUUCUAAGUCAAUUACGUAUGUACAUAGGUUCACGAUUAAUAAAGUUUUUUUAUGCAAUAACAAGAAAAGGAAUCAGAUUGUCUAUCAACAUGGCAUCUCAUUUUGGUGCUGUUGCCAAUAUUUCAAACGGCUCCAUGUGCAUGCAAAUCUACGGAUAAGCUGCUUAGAGUCUCCUCCAGGGGGCACUUUCAGU